AUCCUUUCCCCUCCCAAAACCCUCGCCAGUCGCCACCCUCUUUCCUCACCCCCCUUUCUCUCUCUAGAUCCUUCACUCUUUCUCUCUCUCUAUAACCUUCACUCUUUCUCUCUAGAAAUGGCAGGUUCAGGGGUGGUCGCGGUGUACGGAAACGGUGCAAUUUCCGAGAGCAAGCAGUCGCCUUUUUCCGUCAAAGUCGGCCUCGCCCAAAUGCUCCGCGGCGGCGUGAUUAUGGACGUCGUGAACGCCGAGCAGGCUCGGGUCGCUGAGGAGGCAGGUGCGUGCGCCGUCAUGGCCCUGGAGCGCGUCCCCGCCGACAUCCGCGCCCAAGGCGGCGUCGCCCGGAUGUCCGACCCCCAACUCAUCAAAGAAAUCAAGCAGGCUGUGACUAUCCCCGUCAUGGCAAAGGCCAGAAUCGGGCACUUCGUCGAGGCCCAAAUCCUCGAAGCUAUCGGCGUCGAUUACGUCGACGAGAGCGAGGUUUUGACCCUCGCCGACGAGGAACACCACAUCAACAAGCACAAUUUCCGGGUGCCGUUCGUCUGCGGGUGCCGGAACCUCGGCGAGGCCCUCCGCCGUGUCCGGGAGGGCGCGGCGAUGAUCCGGACAAAGGGCGAGGCCGGAACUGGAAACAUCAUCGAGGCGGUACGGCACGUGCGGUCCGUGAUGGACAUUAGGGUUUUGCGGAACAUGGACGACGACGAGGUGUUCACCUUCGCGAAGAAGAUCGCGGCGCCGUACGAUCUGGUGAUGCAGACGAAGCAGCUGGGGAGGCUUCCGGUGGUGCACUUUGCGGCGGGAGGAGUGGCGACGCCGGCGGACGCGGCGCUGAUGAUGCAGCUGGGGUGCGACGGGGUGUUUGUCGGGUCGGGCGUGUUCAAGAGCGGUGACCCGGCGAAGCGGGCGAGGGCGAUUGUGCAAGCGGUGACGCACUAUCAGGACCCGGAUGUGCUGGCGGAGGUUAGCUGCGGGUUGGGGGAGGCGAUGGUGGGGUUGAAUUUGAAGGAUGAGAAGGUGGAGAGGUUUGCGAAUCGGUCUGAGUGAUGGAGUUAAUGGACUGUUUGGGUGGAUUGGUGGGUUUAAGGGACUGUUUGGAUGGGUUUAGUGGGUUUUUCACAUGUAAAAAAUUAAGAUAAUGUCGUGGGUCACCGGGGUUUUGGGUUUCUUUGUUGUUGGAAACUUGGAUGUUGUAUUGAUUUUGUUUGCGUAAUAAUGGAUUAAGUUAUGUUUUC